UAAAAAUAAAUAAUUGACAGAGUUCGUAGUCGAAGACAAGCUUGCUCGGCAAUAUUGCGUUUAGUUUGAGCGUCAACACACGUCUGGAUCUGACGGGAGUUCUAUUUCGGGAACGCAACCUCAUACUAAUGCUGAUCCAACUCUCGACACUCCUUUGUCUUUUAAAAGUAUAUUGGUCAAUUUGCGUAUAAAAUUAGUUCGUUGAUUAUAAAAGUCUUCCAAAAUGGGAAAUUUCAUCAGUGGUGCCUCGACUGAGAGUAACGCUUCAACAUUUCAAAGCUUACUAAGCGAAAUUGAAACAAUGGAAAACGUCAACAUGAAUGAUGAUCCAAUCACUGAAGAACAGUUCCAUGAUACAAUAAGUGAUGAUGAAGACACUCGUUCAAAGAAUAAAGAAAGAGAAAUGAAUGAAUUUAGAAAACAAUUGAGCAUAAAACGUGAACAAAGAAAGGAAAUAUUAGCUCGACAUAGAACUGAAAAAAAAGAUUUAGAGAGUGCUUUACGUGAAGAAAAAGAAUCUAAAUUACAGUUGUGUGAAACAAAUAAACUUCUUCGGGAAUUGUUAAUAAAAAACAACAUUGACAUACCGGAAAGUAUUGAAAAUUCUGAAGAGAAAUCGUAUAUCGCAGAGUCUAUUUCUCAAAUGAGAACAGAAAUAGAUAAAUUAAAAUCAAAUAACAAUAAACUAAGGUGUGAUUUAGCAAAUUCAAACCAUGCGCUACAAGCAGCUUAUACGGAUAUUGCAGAAUUAAGUGCACAAAAUACGGAGUCCAUAAAGCAAGUGAACGCACUUAAAGAAGUAAUAACAGUUAGCAAGACAUUAAUCGGUCUUCGCGAGCAACAAUUGAAUGAGUUGAAAAACAAGCUGAAGGAAAUCGAACAGUCUCUUGCUGAUAGGGAAACAAACAUGUUGUCAGCCGAUUUGAGACAAGAAUACGAACGCCAGUUACAAAAUAUCCGGACAUUACGUGGUUUAUACGAAGAGAGAGCUAGAUUAGCGGAUGUUUCAAGACAGGCACUCACUAGGGAUCUAGAAGAGCAAAAACUGCUUCUUGAGGCUGAGCAAAAUAAAUCUAAAGACCUCGGCCAGAAAGUUGAACAACUUGAAGUUAAGGUUUGUGAUUUAGAAGAAACAAUACUGGAUAAAAAUAACGUAAUAUCAUCGUGUCGCGAAGAGACGCGAGGCUUAAAGGCUGAAAUGUUAGUAAUUAAUAAACUAUUUUCGCAAGUAUUGCUAGGCUACAAAAAUAAGCAAGAUUUAGAUAAACUUGUACAUCGCCUCGAAGAAAAUCAUGGUUUACUUACACAAAUGGCAGAAAAAGAGAAUGGUUCAGAAGUAUCGACGGAACUACCGAAACUAUUAUUGGAAUUAGUCAACCAAAUAGACGAGAAAGACAAUAGUGAAACAAAUAUAUGCGAUCAAACAACUUCAAGUAACGAAACAGCUUCAGAGAUAAAAGAAACACAAGCCUCGCUUAGUACUACGCCUGAAGAAAUAGUUGAAAAUCUACCGAAAGUCUGGCGAGUUCUAAUGGAAUUAUUGAGUCAUCAAAGCGAAGCUGAAACUAAUACUGUCGAAAAAGUAACAACUUGUUACAAGUCAGUUGAAACAAAAUCGGGACCAGUACUUGUGCCAAGCGUUAGUCAAACUUAUAUAAGACUCAAGGAUUUAAUUCUUGAAAAACUAACUUUGAUUAAAGAAGUAAACCGUAUGAAACAGCUCAAUACGCACCUGGAGUCACGUUUAGGAGAACAAGAAAGAAGACUCUGUCUUGUUACGAAUGAAUUAAGUAAAACAUGGCACGUUGUUGGUAGACUACGGCGUCACCAUCAUCAGUUGCAUACCCAUGAAAAAAUUUUGAAAUAUGAAUUACAACAAAAACGAAAGUUACUUAAUGAGUUGAAAGAAGAACUUGAAUAUUGUCGAGAAAAAUGGGAACAAGCUAGGGAGAAAAAUUCACAAUCCGAAAAAGACUGGCGAAAACUGCGAACUGAAUUUUCAAACAGAAAACUGAAACCAGAGCAAGCAUCUUUCAAUAAUUCGGCUGAAAGUGGUUACAGCGACGAAAGGCCUUCUGACACAUCAGAAUCGAACGAUGAAAAUGAAUAUUUAGAAACAAAGGUUAAAUAUAAAAAGAAAUUUAAAAAAUCUUUCGAAACGAUCGUUGACUCUAGUACAGACUUUAAUUUAGCUGCUGAAAGAGAAGAUCCAGCAAGUGAUAUGUUAGAUGUGGCAGAUCUUCCUUUAGAUACACAAGAGGAUAAUCAUGAAUGUGAUGUAUCCGAUUCGUGCAAUAGUGAAUCUGUGUUCAAUAAUAUAAAACUGAACAAUGAAACUGAAGACGUAGCAGCCGAUACGGCAAACGAUUCAUACUUAGAAGAGAUUCUCAUAGCAGAAAAUUUGAUCGGUGAUAGUGCUGCGUCUAACGAGGUAAAUAUCAACCAACUAAAGUUAACUAAUUGUGAGAACGCUGUAAACGACAUUAACAACAGAUGCACUACAGUCGACACUGAUUUAGCACCAAUUUCAAGUAGUUUUAUAGAAGUCGAAGGUAAUGAAAAUUGUUUAUCAGAAAAUACUAAAAGUACGACAUGCGUAAAUAAUCCAAGUUGUAGUACUGUAAAUCAACUCACAGAAACAACAACAUCGAACAAAAAAAUCAACAAUAAUGCAAAGUCAACAAAUUCGGAAUGUAAAGACAAAAAAUUGGAAGAAUUUCCAUCUGAAAAUUCAGAAAGACUAGAACCGAAUACUGAAAUCGAUUUUAGUGCAAUAUUAGAAAGUAUUAAGAACCAAAAUGAACGUCUACAAUUGAAAGACCAACGCUUGGAAAGCUUAGAGAAAGAAUGUGCAUCUGUAGUUACAAACCUAUCUAGUACACUUAGUUCCAGCGACGAAAUAAUGGCUAAAUUGAAUAACUUACAUACACAUUAUAAUAAAGGUCUACUGGAUGAAACUGAAUCGCCCAAAGAAGAAAAUACGACUACGGCGACAAAUUCAGCAAAAACCAUUACGGCUGGAUUAGAAGAACCGUCAUCAUCCAGAGAUAUUGAUCACGAAGCUAGAUUCGCUGCACGUGAUCUACGUCUAAAGAGAUUAGAAGAGCAAACUAAGUCUUUGGUGAAUAAAGUGAACAAAACUGCAACAAAAGGUGUUAAAAUACAUUAUAAACUAGAAGAACUUCAUAAUAUUUAUGGAUCAGAACAUUCUCGUUCCGAAACACCGUCGGAAGAUUCAGAAGAUAUAUCACAAAAUAACGAAGAUACUUCUAAUGAGUAAUGGUUUUUUGUCAGUCAGUCAGUUCAGCCUAUCGCAGUUCAUUGCUGAACGUAGGCAUCCCCAAGCUCGCGCCAGACAUCCCGGUUUUCCGCAUUCCUCAUCCAGCCUACACCGGCAAUCUUACGUAGAUCGUCGGUCCAACGGUUUUUUGUAUUACUUUGUAUAUCACGUAAGCUAUUAGCGAGUAUUGGAAUUUGAAUAAAAAAGUAUAUUAUUAUAA